GCCGCCGCGGCGGCGCGCGGGGCGGGCUCUCAGGCUCUCGCGCCCCCGCGCACUCCCGGGCGUUGCGGAGCCCCUGGCGUUGGGCCCCAGAACGGGGUCUCCGACCGUGCGCGAGGCAAGAUGUUGAGGCGCAGCUUGGAAAACCGGGAUGCUCAAACCAGACAACUGCAAGAUGCUGUCACAAAUGUGGAGAAGCACUUUGGAGAGCUGUGCCAAAUCUUUGCUGCUUAUGUGCGGAAAACUGCCAGACUGCGAGACAAAGCCGACCUCCUGGUGAAUGAAAUCAACGUGUAUGCCUCUACAGAGACCCCGAAGUUAAAGCAGGGCCUGAAAACCUUUGCUGACGAGUUUUCCAAACUUCAGGAUUAUCGACAAGCAGAGGUUGAAAGACUUGAAGCCAAAGUAGUUGAACCUUUGAAAGCUUAUGGAACCAUUGUAAAAAUGAAACGAGCAGAAACUGAAUUACAAAGGGCCACAAUGGAUGCUGCUCGAACAACUCGCCAUCUGGAGGAGACUAUUGACAGCUUUGAAAAGCAGAAAAUAAAGGAUAUAAAGACUAUAUUUUCAGAAUUUAUCACUAUCGAAAUGUUAUUUCACGGCAAAGCUUUAGAGGUCUACACUGCUGCCUACCAAAAUAUACAAAAGAUUGAUGAAGAAGAAGAUUUAGAGGUUUUCCGAAAUUCUCUGUAUCCACCAGAUUAUUCAUCCCGUUUAGAUAUCGUAAGAGCAAAUUCAAAGUCACCUCUUCAGAGAUCACUGUCAGCUAAGUGUGUAUCUGGAACAGGACAGGUAUCCACCUGUCGACUAAGAAAGGAUCAACAAAUAGAAGAUGAUGAUGAAGAGGAUGAAGACUUAGAUGUUACAGAAGAAGAAAAUUAAAUUUCUUAAGUAAACUUUGCAUUUCCAUUUUCAUCUUAAAUGACUUGGAAUCCAUAAUGACUAAAACUGUAAAACUUUAUACUGGCUUGAAAUGAAAUGAAAUCCUACUGGAAAUGGAGAGAAAUUAUUAAAGGAAAUUUAUGCUGACCAAAAAUGAAGGUUUUAAAAAAUAUUACACACCAGUCAUUUCAACAUUCUGUCUAGCAGCAUGUGAUCUUUUUGUAUAGGUUCCAUUUUUUAAAAAAGAUUGUGUAUUUCAGAAGUAUUUCAUAUUAAUGCACUAUACCUAGUUGAGGUUACACUAGUUAAAUAGAUAACAACAACAACAAAAUCUAACAAUUCCACUUGCUUCCUUUAGGUUAAGACACCAUGCUUUCAAUACCAGAAAAGGGUCCUAGAUAGUCAUUCUGAUGAAAUACAAAUUCUGUUCCAUAAAGCUUUAAUCAAAAAGCCAAGUUUUCUUUUUUUACUUUUUUUUCACUUCUAUUACAACCUGAAGUUUCAUCAUUCGAUAUAUAAAUUUACUUUUCAACGAGAGUAUUAUAGUCACUCUUAACAAUAAUAGGACACUAGGAUAUUGGUGUUUUACAACUAUACAUAAAGCAUAAAUUUUAACUUUAGAAAGCUACGUUCAGCUUGAUUCUGGUUUUAAAACGAAGCCACUGUCAUACUAAAGCGCUAUAUAUGGCACUACAACUUUUGCAAAGCUAUGAUUUGGUGGAAUGUUGCCCUAAAAAACAUCAUGGAAAACCAUAAAUCAGUAAAAAUUCUAUAAAACUUUUACCAAAUUACCAUCUAGUCAAUAAAAGAGUGUACAGUCACUCUUAUUCCUGAAAAUAUAAAACAAUUUAAUCAGAGCCUUUCAGUAUGUCUGAUGCUUUUAUUCUUUGGAUGGGGAAUUGUACUUCUGUUAUUUCAUAGAUCCCAGUCAGGCAUAUAAAAAUUAGGAAAUGAUCAUUUGGGAUUACCACAAAAAGAUAACAGAAAAAUAAAGACUUUGCAGAAAGCU